AUGAGAUCAAUCGCACCAAGUAAGAGAAGAUACAUAAUGCCAGAAUUUAAAGUUCCUUUCCCUCCAGAAAUCACACCAAUGAAUCUCAUCGAGAAAGCCAUUGCGAGACUAGAGACUAACGGAAAAAUAUCACGAAUUCCCAACGCUUUUAUCGCUUAUCGCAUGGCUUUCUACAAGGAACUUCGCACAAUCAAACAUCCAGUGAUAACACAACCACAACUUUCGACGUUGGUCAAACAAUCAUGGCUCAAAGAAGAGGAACACGUACAACGAGAAUAUCAACGCAGCGAAAAAGAAGCCAAUGAUUUAUAUAUACAGAUUUGCCGUGAACGAAACUUUGUGUUUUCGAAUUCGAGUAACUUGAGUGACUCUAAUUUUGACUUUUUUAAUAACAACGAAAUAUCUUCAUUAUCAUCUUCUGUGACAAAAGAUCAACAAUUAGAUUCAUAUGAAAACACCGCAUCCACUACUCCAAAUGUCACAAACAUAUCGAUAUUCAAUACUGAUAAUCUAACACCAGAUCUAUUGAUCUCUCAAAGUUUAGAUUUACCCUCUAUUCCGA